CGCGAUCAACCAAACCCCAGGGAGAUGUCAAACAAAAACUAAACAAACAUUGCAACAUUGAAAUGCAUUUUGUUAGGGAUAUUUGUACAUGAAUCUAUGAGAUCGCACCGUUUCUAUAGCUCAGCAAAAUGAACGCUGUGGAAUCUAACCCGAUGCAGCAGGGUCUGGUCACUGCUUGGGAAAGUGUAAUAACGGCAUUGUUGUCUUCUAAUAUGGACAAUGCCCCGUCUGAAGAGGCGCUGUCAGAUUACUUGGACCUGCUGUGCGAGUGCGGCGGUGGUCAGUAUAUGGAGGACUGGCUCUUGGACACCCUGUACAUGAACCUGACGUCUGCCGUGGUGCCUGAGUUUUGGGCUGGACUGAAGUCCCCGGAGGGGACCGAAAUGCAGGAGAAAGAGCGGACCAGAAUCCUGUUGCAGGCCUUCCGUACCUUGUUGUCCAGGCUUGAACCAUCGUUAGGUGGGUUGGAGCGUCUGGGCAGGUGGCAGGACGAGGGCCGCGCUGGCCUGAGGGGCCCCGGGGCCCAGAGCCUGCAGGAGAGGGCCUUCACGACCAUCAGGGCCAUCCUGCUCUUCUCCACGCCUGAUGUCCUCCAGGAGCGCAUGCUCGAGUUCUACAGCCGCACCUUCGCCGUGCACAUGAGCCAGUCGGGCCAGGCCGCGCCCGGAGCGGAGGAAGAGGAGGAAGAAGAAGAAGAGGAGGAAGAGGAAGAUGAGGGGGCAGCCAUGGGCGCAGAGGGCAAGGCGAAGGGCAAAGGCAAGGGGAAGGUGUGCCCAGGCUGUGCUGUCAGCCCUCAGGACUGCUGGUGUCAAGAGGCUCUGGACCAGCUGAGGGAACUCAGUCAGAUUCUGUCACGGCUGCAGCUGCUGGAGCGGGUGAGCUCGGAGGCGGUGACCUCCAUCCUCCACAAGCUGAUCGAGCAGCGCAUGGAGCAGCGCUGCCGCGGGGAGUACGAGAUCUCCUUCCUGACCGACUUCCAGGAGUGGCUUGACCAGGUGUUGGGCUGGGUGCGGCGCGUGUUUGCCAGCGAGGCGGGUGAGGUGGGUGCAGGUGAGCAGCAGCGUGACAGUGGCAUUCUGCAGCGCUGGCGUCACCACAUGCAGCAGUUCUUCUGCCGCGUCUAUGCGGGCAUGCGAAUCGAGGAACUCUUCAGCAUCAUCAGAGAUUUCCCGGAGUCUCUGCCGGCCAUAGAGGACCUGAAGUUUUGCCUGGACAGGACCAGUCAGAGGCAGCAGCUGCUCACCUGCCUCAAGGCGGCCUUCGAGACACGCCUCCUGCACCCAGGUGUGCACACGUCGGACAUCAUCACGGUCUACAUCUCGGCCAUCAAGGCUCUGCAUCACCUGGACCCCUCCAUGGUCAUCCUGCAGGUGGCCUGCCAACCCAUACGCAAGUACCUCAGGACGCGGGAGGACACGGUGCGGCAGAUCGUGGGCAGUCUGACGGGGGACGGCGAGGGCUGCAAUGAUCUGGCCAAUGAGCUAUCGCGUGCUGACCCCGUUACUCUGGAAACGCAGGACAGCGAGGAUGAAGGCAGCGACCCAGAGGAAUGGACACCGGACCCCGUGGACGCACUUACAGAUAAGACGGGUUCCAAACACCGCUCCUCGGACAUCAUCAGUCUGUUGGUCAGUAUCUAUGGCAGCAAGCAGAUCUUCAUCGACGAGUACCGCACCGUACUGGCAGACCGACUCCUUCAACAGCUCAACUACAGCACAGCCAGGGAGAUCCGCAAUGUGGAGCUGCUGAAGCUGAGGUUCGGUGAAGCCCAUAUGCACCUGUGUGAGGUCAUGCUGAAGGACGUGGCGGACUCUCGGCGCAUCAACAGCAACAUCCGUGAGGAGGAGUCCCGUCUGCCGGAGGAAGAGCGCCCCCCGCUGGCCCUGUCGGCCAUGAUCCUGUCCUCCGAGUUCUGGCCCGCCCUCAAGGACGAACACAUGGAGCUGCCCCCCCUCAUCACGCGCGCCAUGGAGACCUACACGCACCGCUACGAGAAGCUCAAGGCCAUGAGGACACUGAACUGGAAGUCUCACCUGGGCACAGUGACCCUUGACCUGGAACUGGAGGACCGCACACUCUCCAACCUCUCUGUGUCGCCGAUACACGCUGCCAUCAUACUACACUUCCAGGACAAGAGCUCCUGGACGCUAGAAGAGUUGAGUGCGUCUCUGGCGGUGCCGCAGGAGAUGGUGCGCCGGAAGCUGUCGUUAUGGCAACAGCAGGGCGUGAUCCGAGAGGAGGCGGGGCCGGGCGGGCGCUACACGGUCCAGGAGAAGGGGGGAACGCGUGACAAGCAGGAGCGCCCAGUGCUGCUGAUGGACAGCGACGAGGAGGGGGACACCAACACCGCCACGCAGUCCGAGCAGCGCGAGGAGAAACUACGGCUGUUCUGGGCGUAUAUUCAGGCCAUGUUGACUAACCUGGAGAGCAUGUCACUGGAGCGCAUCCACACCAUGCUGCGCAUGUUCGUCUCCUCCGGGCCCGUCGUCACGGAGAUGGAGAUGGGCGAGCUGCAGGCCUUCCUGGACAAGAAGGUGCGAGAGCACCAGCUGAUCAGCUCCGCGGGCAUCUACAGGCUGCCCAAGUCACCGCACCACUGACCAGCCAUCUACAGACACGAUCACCCAAUGUCCAGCCAUCUACAGACUGCCUUUGUCACCCCACCACUGACCAAGCACACAGACAAGACCACCAGCUGAUCAGCUCCGCAGGCAUCUACAGGCUGUAAAGUCACCCCACCACUGACCAGCCAUCUACAGACCGGACACCACUGACCAGCCAACUGCAGACAAGAUCACCACUGACCAGGCAUCUACCCACAGUCACAGACCACCAGCUGAUCAGCUCCACAGGCAUCUACCAACUACCCAAGUCACCCCACCAAUGACAAGCCAUCUACAGACCGCACACUACUGACCAGACAUGUACAGACCAACAGACAUACAGAACAACACACAGACACAGGCCAUGUCACCACACCACUGAUCAGACAGACAGAUGGGGGAGACAGACAGACACUGUAGAUCACCACUGUCCAGACAGAUCCCGCACCCCCAAAUCACACACCUCAGUGUCAUACUUGGCAGUAAAUACAAACUGUUGGCCUUUUUGUUUACUUACACUUUGAUGGGACAAUAUUUACACGGAAAGAAAACUAUUUCGGUCGCCGAUGCUCAGAAAUAUGUCAACAUGUGGAAUGUAUGUUUAUGAAAAUAUGUAUGAAAUAAAAGUGUACAUUGACCCAAGUGGUCAUUUAGUACA